AUGGCACACAUGCUUGUUGUGUGGCGCAAAAUGGGCUUCCAUGUACCACGAGGGGUCAAGAACGUCUUUGAAUUUACAUGGGAAGAACUCGGGGUGUCAUUGCCAAGGAAAUCUUUCAGUGGUAUAUAUUGUCCCAUUGUCAGAAUCUCUCAGUAUGAAGACAUUUCCCCGCCCUCCACUACUACUUCAAGAGUUCAAAGGCCUGGCGUCACAAUAUCGGGGAUAAAGCCAACCUAUGUGUGCCCAUCAACUGAAGAUCAACAACAGAUGCUUCUCAGAUUCCAGCAACGGUCUGUACAUCUGCUGUCUGAACUCCUAAAGAUGAAAAUGAAGAUAAUGAUUGAUGCAGUAGCUGGCUCUAGUGCGGAAGAUAUUGUGAGGCGGCUUCUCGAAGGGGGUCAGCAGCUGAACCCUAAAAAUCAGGAAGAAGCUGCUGACUUGUUGACCAAAGAUGGCAGGAAGAAGGGUGGGCGUGCUGUGCCACCGGUGAUGUCGGCGAUUCCCAUUAACUCGACCACUCAGCUGAUCCAGCAAGUGUCCUAUUCCUGUCUGUGUUUCUCGCUGGCGCUGAAAGAUAGCAAGCAGAGUGCAACAAAACAUAAAACUAACCAAGACCAAUCCUCUUACGAUGAAAGGCUGGACCCCUGUCCACAAGCCAGGGAGAAGCUCCGAGAAAUUUGCAGACGUAUAGAGGAGGAGAAGGCUCUCUACAAAACGAAAGGCUACACAAGGCCCCUAACGCUGAGACACUACCCGACUCUCACCAAAACACCAUCUGCAUCCUUGAAAAAAGUUUCAUCACCCACAGCGGUCCCAGAACCUAAGCCGCGCAAGAAGUCAAAGAAGUUCCACUACGCCUUUCCUGACGGGACAUCAUUUAUCUUAUGCUCACUAGCGCUCUUGAUGACUCAAGAAGGAGGAACAAUUAGAGACCAGACUGGUGUUUUGACCCAUGAAUGGAAAUGGCAUUCGAAGCAACAAAUUCUGCAGUCGCUAGACUUUCAGAUAAACGAACAAGUAAAACUAAAGGUUCUUGGCCUACAUUCCAUGACUCUUAGUUUUUCUUCUCACAAUGAAACAAUCACUAUCUCUUUGUCAAGUGAAGGGUGUCCGCAUGAAUCCAAGCUGGAGAAGCGGAUAUUUGCAAAGACCAAUGAAAUUGAGGAUGAAGGUCAGUGGACCAGAAUCUUAGCUGACAGUAAGAGGAGGUUUGAGAGGAUUGUGAAACAAUUUGUCAAUGCUGUUUUGCUGACUGCAGGUAUAUGUUGCAUAGAUUACCCGCUCAGCGAAAGUUCAAAGCAAGUGAGGUUUAAGACGAAGGAGCCAUCAUUAGCUCAGGCCUGGGAGCGCAAGUUACUAGAAGAAAGUGCUGCGGUUCUAAAAGCUGAAGGGAAACCAAGGGCCAGAAUGCCGGUGAUGAGAGCCCCUGUCUUUUACAGAACCAUCCGGAAAAAACCAAAGGUUCCCUCACGAGACAAAGCAGAAGCAGACAAAGAAAUAAAACUUUCAGGUACCUGGGCAACUUCUCCUGCAGACUGCCCAAUUGUGCUACGCCAGAUAAUGGCCAAAGAGGAUGAUGUCGUAGGUUGCAAGUGUGUUGUGAAAAUCCCAUCAAUUACAGACUUGGAAUUUGAAAAGUUUGUUGCUGCCCCACGCCAGCCUCAUCAGAUCCUUGUGAUAUGUGUGCUGUCCUCCAAAAACCCAAACUAUUCUCCGUUCUUCGAGUGGUCUUUAGAAAAGAUAUAUAUAGAGAUGCAGCAUGGCCGACCCUCCCCUUGUGUUCAGUGCAAACAUGAUCCCUACCGCUUCUUGAAAUAUGACCUAGACAACCCAGUGAACAAGAAUCCUCCUCUUCUCAUCCAGAAGCAUGGUGUCAUUCCAGGAAUGGUGGUGAUGUACUCUGGAGGGAAGCCGCUCUUUGGGGGCUGUGUUUUCAACGGAUACAGCUACAGCAAGAAGGACUUUCUGAAGCAGGUCAAUCAAGCUUACCUCGACUGCAAGAUGGGUCACUUCCUGCCGCAGAGUUUCAAAUUUAGCUCCCCUGGCGUGUUGGGUGUGGGUUCCCUCAAAGUGCAGGCUACACUCGCCAAACCAGGUUUUGCAGUGCAGAGGUCCUACUGUGAAAUUUACUGGCAUGUUAUCGUGGAACUUGUGUUACAAAUGAGUAUCAUGGGGAUAAGAAGGGAUAGACAUCCAGAUAACACAGAUGAACACAGUGUAAAUGUCAUGCAUAGCUUAAGCAUCGCCAAAGUAGAAAUACAGAUAUUCACCAUGAGCUUGUAG